CCAAAUAGAGGGUAUGAUGGCUAAGAAGCCCCCAAAACCAGCACCUCGUAGGAUCUUCCAGGAAAGAUUAAAGAUUACUGCUCUACCUUUGUACUUUGAAGGAUUUUUAUUAGUCAAACGGUCAGAAUACGAAGAGUAUAAACACUAUUGGACAGAAUUGAGAGGAACCAGCCUUUUCUUUUAUACGGACAAAAAAAGUGCAACAUACGUUGACAAAUUAGACAUAAUGGACCUCAAAUGCCUUACUGACCAGAAUCUAACGGAAAAGAAUUGUGCAAAAUUCACCCUCGUUUUGCCAAAAGAGGAAGUGCAACUGAAGACAGAGAACACAGAAAAUGGGGAAGAAUGGAGAGGUUUUAUUCUUACAGUAACAGAGCUGUCAGUUCCCCAACAUGUGUCACUUCUACCUGGCCAAGUAAUUAGACUGCAUGAAGUCCUAGAGAAAGAAAGGAAAAGGAGGAUUGAGACAGUGCAGCUUCCAAUUACAUCUGUGGAAAAAGAGAAGGAACCAAUUGAAGAUUAUGUGGAUGUCCUGAAUCCUAUGCCAGCAUGUUUUUAUACAGUUUCCCGGAAAGAAGCAACUGAGAUGCUGGAGAAAAAUCCUUCUUUGGGAAAUAUGAUCCUGAGGCCUGGUAGUGACAGUAGAAACUACUCCAUCACUAUCCGUCAGGAAAUAGACAUGCCAAGAAUCAAGCACUACAAAGUGAUGAGCAUAGGAAAAAACUAUACCAUUGAACUGGAAAAACCUGUAACACUUCCAAACCUGUUCAGUGUCAUUGAUUAUUUUGUGAAGGAGACUCGAGGAAAUUUAAGACCAUUUAUAUGUUCAACUGAUGACAGCCUUGGCCAAGAAUCCAAUACAGAAGGGAGAAGUGAGAAGUUGAAAAAAAACCCACAUAUUGCAUGAACUAAAAUGUGAAAAUAGCUUUCAUGUAUCUUGGUAAUUUAUAUUUUCAAAAGGAAGAUUUCUAUGUCUAAAGAAAGUCACCUCUAUUCUCUUGAUCCUGAUUUCUGAGUCACUCACUUGGACACCAGAACGAAAUAAUGUAGCAUAUAACUUUAUUAUCUUAUCAGAAUAUAACAAAUUUAUUGGGAAUCCAUAGGCUAUGGUUGUGGGGUGACUUGAUACACACAUCCCUAUGUACUGAUAUAAGUUGAAAUAUACUUUUUCAAUGGAGUUUUUGUUUUGUAGUUUUCAGUUGUAUUAUUUCGCCUUUAUAGUUUCUACUAUAGAUUCUCUAGUUUGCCUAAAUCUUACCAAUUCCCCCCCCAAAACUUGCUAGGUUUUGUUGAAAUCAGACUCGAUCAACUUAUCAAAUGUAAGUCAUUUAAAUUAUCUAGCUAGAGGCCAGAUAAUGAAAUGUACUAGAAGCAGCUCUUUCCAAUGGAAAUACUGUA